AUGGCGGAGGAAGAAGAGAUAAACCCUAAUCCGGUCUACCUAGUUCCCGAUACUCGAGUCGAGGAGGUUCACGGAGAGGAGGCGUACGAUGAAUGCUCAAGCGAAGAAGCCGAUAAUCAUGGCCGCAGGAGGAGGAGAAGGAGACCGAAACGGAAUCCGACAAAGGAGGUUCCAAGGGGACGAAGAGGUCAACAUUCUCUAUCUACACUCCAAUGUUGCCUCACGACCGUCACUACCAUGCGACAGUCUCGUUUGCGUCCCCAUUCUUUAUUUGAUGCAUUCCCUGGAUACUGGAGGAUGGGGUUUGGUUGGGACGAUAUCACUGGGAGCUAUAAAAUAGAGCUGAGUCCACCUCCUUAUGAGAUUGGAUACAGAAGGAGGUCGACGUGUGUGAAUGGGUCCAUCUAUUGGGUCGAAGUAACUCCUCGGUACAAACUCUUGGCGUUACAUCUUCACACGGAGCAAUGGCGUGACAUUAGCUUGCCGUCCGAAGCAGUUCAGUUCCAGACUUCGUGCCAGGUAACAAACCUUGAGAACCGUUUAGUGUUAGCAUCGACUUAUCCUAAGGACAAGUAUUGGAACGUGAAGAUUUGGGGUAUGAAUAAUAAUGCAACGUGGAGUUUGAUUUACUCGAUACGUUUGUUACCUCUUGAGGAGGAACAUUUUCAUGGCGAUUUUUUCCAUUUGUGGUUCUGGACGAGGCCAGUGGUUAUUUCUAAGGAAGGGAAUCUUUUCAUCCAUGACAAUAAAAAAAGGUUGUUCAAGUAUUGUCCGGAGACGGAUGACGUUUGUUGCGUCGCUGAAAAUGUUUGUGUCAUAUCUCCGUUUGUUGAAGAUUUGAUCCCUUACACGGAAAAUGAGAACGUAUGGACUCGAGCAUCUAGACCAUGGGUCGUCCCUUGGGAAGGGGUUCUUCGCUAUCGUUCCCGUUAG